UCUGCGUGUUAAGUCCAUGUGUGUCUCUGCCUUUUUCGCCCGAGCAACGCCGGGUACUUACCGCUAGUAAAUCAUUCAACGUUAAAGAUGUAAUUCCUCCUUUCACCACACGGUGGCAGCACCAUUCUAAUGCCAUCUGGCUCUGCAUUCGUGCCGCAAACUCUUCUCAAAUAAUUUCUGCCAUGGCGACUGCAAAAAAAAAGAGAAACGUUGACAGUGAGGGCCGUCGCUUUCAUUACAAUACUUCUUCACUGAAAAUCGAGGCAUCUGUGUUUGUCUAAUUUGUAAAGAGACGGUUGCCUUGUUUAAAUAUUUCAACGUAAAGAGACACUACGAGACUAAACAUGCUACAACAUACGACAAGCUAACAGGGAGUGACCACGCUGAAAAAGUGAAGCAACUCCAGCUGCUCUGGCAUCGCAACAGCGAUUCUUCACGCGGGCCUGUGAGUCAAAGUGAAACAUCACAAAAGCCAGCUACGAAGUGGCCAUGUUAAUAGCUAAGCAUGGCAAACCUUUUACUAAAGGUGCGUUUAUCAAAGACUGUGUCAUGAAUAUGGUGGAGAACAUUGGCCCCGAGAAGAAGAAAUACUUUAUGAAUGUUUGCCUGGCACGCAACACUGUGGCACGGAGAGUUGAGGACAUAUCGUCAGAUAUUCAGAGACAACUGGGGGACAGGGGAGUGGCUUUUGAUUAUUUCUCAUUAGCCUGCGAUGAAAGCACCAAUGCAUCUGACACUGCACAACUACUUACUUUUUUUAAAGAGGAGUUGAUGACAACAUGAACGUGACAGAGGAGCUGCUUGACCUCAAAAGCCUUAAAGGGCAAACCAGAGGAACAGAUUUAUUAGUUUCUGUUUGUGAAGCUGUUGAUGAUAUGAAACUACCAUGGAGUAAAGUUUCUGGGAUCAUUACCGAUGGUGCGCCUGCUGGUGAGCGAAGUGGAUUGUCCACACUGAUCUGCAAUAAAGUCAGCGAAGAAGCAGCAACAAUGGAAGGUCAAGAGGUGGAAAAGUGGCAGAAACAAGACUACACCACAGACUUCAACCCACGCCUUUACCUGGAUAUGUACUACAGCACACCACCAGAUGACUUGGCAGAAGGAGACACCUUACCACAUGUCUUGCAGUUCCUACACUCAACGUUCAGCAAAGGUGGGUUGUCGGGCCAGCGCCUCCUAGACAUUGGUUCAGGCCCCACCAUCUACCAGGUGCUGAGUGCGUGUGAGAGAUUUUCCGAGAUCUACCUCUCCGAAUUCGUGAAGGGCAACCGAGAAGAGCUCCAAAGCUGGCUCAACCGCUCCCCCGGUGCCUUCGACUGGACAAGCAUCAUCCAGUUUGUGUGCCGCCUCGAGGGACACAGUCGCAACCUUGAGAAGGCAGAGCAUCUGCGCUCCACCGUGCAGGCUGUCCUGCCUUGCGAUAUCCUCCAGAACGAUCCCCUGCUCGGGUCAUGGAACCAAGGCCCCUUUGACUGCAUUCUCUCCAUACUGUGCCUGGAGGUGGCAUGUGUUUCGACGGAUCAGUUCGUGGCCGCACUGGGACGCAUGUGUAACCUGCUAAGGCCAGGCGGGUGGUUGGUUCUUGGCACAGACCUGGGCGAGACGUUCUACUACGUGGGCUCCAAGCGCUUCCAUGUGCUGACCGUGGAUCAGGCAUGUGUCUUGCAUGCAGUGGAAGCAGCAGGCCUUACUGUGCAGCACAUGGAGACAUAUGUGCUGCCUGAGCCACCCCCUGGUGUCUAUUUUGACCUUAAGGCCAUGGUCUUCCUCAGAGCCCAGAAGAUGUAAUGGCCUGUGCUGGGAUCUUUGAUCAUGGUGGCAGAGACACACACUUGUUAUUUAGAAUUGGGAUUGGCAGACAAACACAUAUAUCAUCCGUAUAGCCGUAACAAACUGUGGGGCAAGUGCUGUAAGCGAGGAACUUUGAAGGUCAGCCUGGCACACAAGGGGGUAAGUUGCCAACGCUACACCUGGCCACCUGUAUUCACCUAAUGACAGUGAUGUAACUACAUUAUUAGCUCAGAGGGUGCUGCAAUCGGUCAGGUGGGGCCCCAAUAAUGUUGUAGUGACAUAGAAUCGGUCACAUAGCAGCAUAGCGCUAGCUGCUGGCGGGGAAGGGGAUCUGCAGCUUACAGCAGCCCUGACUGAUAGCAGACCAGGUGAUAGACCAGAGAAGGAUCUAGGGGGAAGGUCACUGAAGGGCAAAUCAAGAACCCGCUAGUAGGUUCCAGAAAGGGGGCGUGGCCGUGGGCGGAGCCAGGCCACACUGACGGUAUUAAGAGGGGUCCCUGUAGGGGACCUCGGGGCUGUCGUGUGGAGUGGGAUCCCAUCGUGCUGCUGGAGUCUUCGCCGUCGUUUCCGUCUUCACCAUUUCGGAUUUCGGCGUCGCCAGUCAGGCAGUCUACCAGCUGUCCUGACUGGGAUCCGUAGUUCAUUUAGUGACGAGUUAUAAAGUGUUAACUGUC